AUGUGGCUGUUCGAAAGCACCGUCCCCGAUCCCAACCUUAACAGCAGGUCGUCUCCAGCUUUCUGCAAGUCGUCGGAACCAGAUGGCGAGAGGCACGAACGGUUCGUCGACUGGGCCUACCUGGUCUCGCACAUCGCGCAGUGUGUCGAUUUUGCAUGCAAGCACACAUCCAACCCGUUCAGAAUCACUGCCGACUCAGAAGUGCAGGAAAAACGGUUCAAGUAA